AUGUCCUCCCAUGCAAUCACCAACCUCCAAUAUGACGAGGAGCAUGACGAGGUGGCUUCCCUUAACAGCUGGCUUGAAACAAAACGACAAGAGGCGCUCAAGAACCCCGAAUCACUUUCCGUUGUCUUUUGCAUGAUCUUAGAUAAUUUUCUGGGGAGCACGACACUGUUCGGUCCUCGAUUUGGUGCCUUUCAAAGUUUAUGGGAGCACAUGGAGGGGAUUCCGGAAACGUUGAUCAAAGCGCUACCCCAGCCGCCGAUCCUGCGUUGCACUGAAGAUCUGGAGGCACUCGUUAAAACCGGCAACGCAGCAUAUGUACUGCUGAAUGCCGCCGAACCUCGCAUCGAGCCACUGCAAUCAAAGCGGCACCACUCUUUUCUUAGGAUCAGUGAGCUCGCGGAGACCUUACUCGAAGAUUACGCUGAGGAGCUGUCCUCUAAGGCUCCCGACCUACCUUCCGCAACCAUCGAUUCCAACCCUAACGUCGACAAAACUUCGGCCGAUCACGCUGCUAAGACGACCAAAGACAAGCACAUCGUGUCGUGGUGCGAGGAAGUCUACCAAGUAAUGGUCUCUGGAGCAGCUAACAAGCUAGCUACAACUCUUAGGCAGCAUGGUCAUCGUUGUUUAGUCCUUGGCUUUGACGAGUGUCGAUAUCUAAAUGCUCGCAACGGCAAAUUAGACGCCGAUUAUCAUCCCAUGUCCAUUCUCGCCAUGCAAAGAAUCAUCACCGCGGCAGACCAUUUCCUACUCGAGGGCUUCACUUUGUGGUUUACGUUCAUUGACACUAGUUCCUCAGUCCUCGAACUCGUUCCACGCAGGGGAAUGUCUAAGUCGGACAGGCUCGCUAAUGACAAAGAUCCUCUUAUCCCCUACACCUCCAUCGGCUUUGAUCAAAUGAUUCCCUCUGAUCUUUCUUCGUCACCGCAUGCAGCGCUUUAUAUCAGUAGACUUAAGUUGUAUGGUCGCCCGCUCUGGUCCACGGAGGAAGACGAUACUGUCGGUCGACAGGCUUUUAUGAAGCUCUUCCGUGAUGUGCAAUUUGCGCCCGCCAAUGAGGACCACGUCUUUGCAGCCUUUUCUCAACGUGUUGGUCUUGAACUCGCCAGUUCAGAGGCUGCAACCCGCAUCGCGCUGGAAGCCGUCCGAUCUCAUAUGAGAUUCCUCCUCAGUGUCGUCGAUCGCACUUUCAUCGAGACGACGGUUCCGUCAGAGCCUUGCCUUGCUCUGGCGGCUGCACAGGUGCUUCGUCCUACGUCGGAAGAUUUUGGUGUAGCGCUUCAAACACUUGUUGACACCCUUAUCUUGCAGGAAACGGUCCUCGAUCGAGGUGUUCAAGGAGAGCUUUAUGCUCGGAUCCUUUUGAUCAUGGCGCGUGAUAAAGCAACAGACAAAGGUGGUCCGAUCCAGGAUUACUACAUCAACACGACAGCCGCCGGAACUCACGUCCAGACUAUCACCCUCGCUGAUCUUCUCAUUCAGCUUCACGGCGAUGGCCUUGAAAUGAAUCAACAGCAGGGACAGGGUCUUCAGAAACAACAAGCUCGGCAUAAAGAAGGCGCCUUGGACGGGGACAAUGAGGACGACGCGUCAGAGGAAGAUGAAAGCGAAGACGACCAACGUAAACUGUACCAAAAUCUUCUGGCAGCGGCGCAGGAGAGGCAUGUGAACUUCACGCACUUUAUCCACCUUGAAGAGAGCGUCGGGAACCUCUCGGGUGACUUCCUUCAUUACCUAUGGGACCGCCAAUGCGCUAUUCAGUGCUCGCAUAAUCAGCCAGUUAUCGAUAUCAUCAUCAUCACCUAUUCAGGCGCUCUCUCCCCAGAUUGGGAUGACAGCAAAGUGAGCACCUUCUGUAUCCAAGUGAAGCUGAAGGAGUCGGCUGUUUCACUGACCUUGGCUGACGAGCUUGUCGGCCCUCGCAUUAACGGGCGCAGACCUUGCGACGAGGUUGUCAUGUUGAUGGAAUUUGGAGUUGAGUCUGAAUUUCAAGGGAAAGCCAGGAAAUCGCGCUACCAGCAUGAGGUCGCGACGGUUCGUCCGAAAACUUGGAACGGUUACAUGGAUAAAGAGACUGAACCUCGUUGGUGUGUCCAUGUUCGAGGACAUGGUCCUACCGAAUACCCGAUCAUCAGCCGAUACAAACAAAUUUUCGACCGUGCUUUUGGGCAUCUAUCUCCAUGGCCGACUACCGGCUUCGCGGCCGCUGGGCAACCCUUCAGAGAGGCGCUGUCUACAGUCACUUUCACGAAACACGUGGAUGGUAAAAACGAGGCUAUCAUCAAUGGCAACACAAUUUAUUCACGUGCUAAUUCUAUGACCUGUUGA